AUGUCAGUGACUCCAAAAGAUCUAUAUGCCAUUCACCCCGGUGCGCGCAUCCUCGUUACAGGCGCUAAUGGCUAUAUCGGGUCGCACAUUGUCAACGUCCUAUUAUCCCUGGGCUACCUUGUUCGAGGUACCGUACGCGCAGAAAAGCCGUGGCUUCAUGAAUUAUUCGGCUCGAAGUACGGUCCGGGCCAAUUCGAGACAGUAGUGGUCCCUGAACUGAAUGACAAAGAAGCUCUAAUCAGGAUCUUGAGUGAUGUCAGUGGUAUCGCGCAUGUAGCGACAGACGUCUCAUUUGAUUCCGAUGCCAAAAAGGUCAUCACCAAUGUCGUCUCAGCCACGGAGGCUGUUCUGCAGGCUGCAGCAGAAUCGUCAGUGAAGAGAGUGGUUCUCACCUCAUCAUCCUCAGCGGCAUUACUGCCACAGCCUGGCGUGGAUGGCAUAGUGGUGACAGAGGAUACCUGGAAUGAUGCCGCCGUUAAAGCGGCAUGGGAUGCAAAUACCACGGCGGAUAAAAAGCCGUUCAUUGUCUACGCAGCUUCUAAGACAGAGGGCGAACGCGCAGCUUGGAGAUGGAUCAAAGAGAAUAAGCCGAAUUUCACCUUCAACUCAGUGCUUCCUAACUUUGCUAUUGGAAAGAUCCUUCAUCCCGAAAUAGCUGGCUCAACUAUGAAAUGGACUGCCGAGUUAUUGCAAGGAAAUGAUGGGGUUAUAAAAUUUUUACCUUCUCAAUGGCAUGUCAAUGUGGGAGACAUCGCCCGUAUCCAUGCCAUUGCCUUACUCGACCCAAAUGUCAAAUCUGAGCGUCUCUUCGCAUUUGCUGCUCCCUUCACAUGGACUGGAAUAAUUAACAUUCUCCGAAAACUUCGUCCCUCCAACAAAAGACUCGUGAAUGCACCAGAAGAUGAACAACCCGACCUAAGUGAUAUUGUGCCUUCUAAGAGGGCGGAAAGUCUGCUGAGGUCCUUCUUCGGGCAGUCUGGCUGGAUUGGGCUGGAGCAAUCAUUGAAGGACGGAAUUGAUAGCGUCGACUUUUAA